AUGGCCAAAGUACUCAGCCCCUGCGAAAAGGAGAUGGAGGGAAUCCUGGACCUCAUCAUGCACAUGGCCUUCGCAGACAUGGAGCAGGACCCCGUUCGGCUGGUGCCCAGCUUGGAGGACUGCGCCGAGGAGCCGGCUCCCUUGACAUCGCUUCCGGAGCCUACGGGCCUGGCAAACCUUCAUCCUCCAGGAAGCACCCUGAACGCUGCAGCUCUUCGGGACUUCGUCCAGGGCCUGGGUCAGUGGGAGGUGCCCAAGACCGUCUUGGAUGAGGCACAGCCGGCGGUAGUACCGUUCGACCAUGAAGUGGAGGUGAAAGCCGCCCUCGAAGAGGUCCAGGAGGCGGACCUGUACACAUGGGGUAGCUAUCAGACCAUGAGAUGCCGAUAUCGGCGGACAGCCAGUCGAGGCAGCGGACGUCGCCCGGAUGAUGUGGAGCUGGGGAUUAUCCUGCUUUGGCGGGGCAUCAACAUUGCUCCGAUGCCUCGAACACGAGCGUCCACAGAGCAGUGGGUUGAGUUGGCUUUGCUCCGUGGCUGGGGCCUCAGGCUGUUCCACCUCUGCAGCACGGCCUUGCAGGGCGGUCGCGGCCGUGAGGCUCGCACCGGCGGGCUGCAGUGGAUAACCUACUGCUGGCUCGUGUCUGCAAUCGGCGGCAUUCUCUUCUUCGAUACGCUCCCGAUGCUUCGGUACAUGACUAUGCGGGCGUCUGGCAGCGGCAGCCUACUUUUAGAGCUGGUUAGCCCAAGGAGCGUCAUGACAGUCAUGUGGCUCACUCCACUUUUCUACUCCGUGCUCGCCUUUGGAUCCUUGCGACAAGUCUUUGCUGCGCGAGGGGACGCUGCGCGGAUCGAUGGCCAGCGGCACCGGAGGAGGCAAGACUAUGCCACCCUCGAUGUGGCACUAUUGCUGGACAUGGUCUGGCACGUGGUCAUUGACAUGAUCGACAUCGUCAACAUGAUGUUUCUGGAUUCACCCGAGAGCGGGGAGGGCUCCUCCACUCGCUUUCUGUCCCAGUCGCACCCAGACGAGGUGCAGCAGAUCAAGCUGGCUGCCGGCACCUUCAUCAUUAUGGCUCUCUUCUUCCACCAGCAGUCCUAUCCGAGUGUUGCCUACCAGGGCGGUUCGAACAAGAGCCAGGAGCUCGCCGCCCCGGAUGUGGUGAAGGCGCGAAAACGUUCGGCCAUCAUCAGCAUUCUCCUGGUUGAUCUUCCUUUUUUUACAAUCAGGACUUACAUCUAUGUCCUGGCCUUGUCCAUUCCAGACACUCAAGUUGUGUUCUUGGAGGGUCAGGAAGUGCCAAGGCCGCAGCUCGACAAGUGGUGGGUGAAGAACGUCCUGUGCAUGAUGCUUCAGGCCAUGCAGCUUCGAUUCGUACAGCAGGCAGAAUCAGAGAGAUCUCAAAGCCUGCGCUGGUGGGAUUUGCGGAGACAGGGCGAUGCCGGAGCGGGAACUGCCAGUCUGAGGAAGAUCGAGUAUGACGACAACCUCCUGAAGGCCUACAAAGCAGCCUACGGCCCCACGGGCGACUACCCGAACAAGCUCGAGUACGCCUUCGCCGAGCUGGCGGCGUACAGUGACACUAUGACGCUCUCACCGACUUCAGAGGCGAGACACGUCAGCGGGCGAUUCUUCGGGAGGCAUGGGGCAACUAACUUCGAUACGGAGGUUUUUGUCGUAAUUAGGGAUUGCUUUGUGGGUCCCUUUCUGAUCUGA